AUGGCCCAAGGGCAUAUGAGAAGCCUCACCGUCGAGUUCUCCUUUCUUCGAAAUGUGACAUCGUCCAUCUUCCAAUUGAACCUGCGUCAGGUCGUUGCGGAGUGGUGCUCUCAACGCCGAACGGCGCCGGAAGGCAUCGACACAGUACUUGAAGACCAUGACUUUGAGAAUGGCAACUAUCAAACCUCUCGCGACGAUGAUGACCGCGCAGAUUCAGAUGGUACUCAACAUGCCGCUUUAUCGAUCCCCAAAAACGAUGAAAUAUGGCGAACUAUCAGCUACGACCCGUUCGCGCAAAAGCCGCUUCAGCAUUAUGAAUCGUUCCCGCCCGAGAUCGCGGAGAACAGGGCGGCGUACGAGGUUGCCAUAACGAAGAGAGUGGCCCAGGUCGCCCUUGCUGUGCUUUGUUGUGUCCUGGCAUCAGGAAUAGUCUGUGGUUUUGCAGCUCUCAAACCAAUUCUCAUUGCUGAAGGGGUCUACCGCUCUCUCUGCCCGACAGACUGGUCACCUCCAACGGGGAAGGAGAGCCAGCUGCCCUGCCCGGAGCAAGACAUGCGCCUGAAUUUGAUGUUCAUUCUGGCGUCCAUCACAUUGAACAUUAGUAACAUGCUGGGCGGUUGGGUACUAGACAAUUACGGGCGGCGCAUGUGCUACAUCCUCGCGGCGGCGAUUCUCUUCCUCGGUAGCGGAUGCAUGGCCCUGGCCUUCCAGCUGGGCGAGGAGCUAGGCCAUUUCGAUGGAUAUAUCGUCGGGAACCUUCUCCUCGGCCUGGGCGGGACAUUCCUCUUCGUCAGCUCCUAUCAGCUCUCCCACGCUUUCCCCCGGCACUCAGGCCUGAUCGUGGCGCUGGUGACGGGUGCUUUUGACGCGAGCGCGGCAGUCUACCUCUUCUACCGGCUCGCCUACGAGGCUACCGACCACGCCUUCAAGCCAGCGUACUUCUUCGCCGCCUUCGCGGUGUUCAUCCCGCUCCUGAUCCUCUCGGCCGAGCUCACCAUCAUGCCAAAGACAAGCUACGUCACCCGCAGCGAGUACCAAGCCGCCAUCGACCGCGCACAGGACGAAACCCGCGACAUCCACGACAGCGACGACGAGGUAUACGCAGGCCGGCCGCGGGAGCUGAAGCAGGCGCGGAAUCGGCGCGCUGCGAAGCGCGAGGCGCAGCUUGAGGCGAUCGAGACGGUCACGGGCGACGAGGACGAGCGCGAGGCGGACCGCGCUGCCGCGCGCGGGCGGCAGGAGACUUCGGGCGUGUACGGCGCUGAGGUGCACGACUUGCCGUUCGCGCGGCAGGUUCUGACGCCGUGGUUCUGGCUGAUCCUGAUCCUGACGGUGCUGCAGAUGAUGCGCAUGAACUACUUCAUCGCCACCGUGCGCGCGCAGUACCGGUAUAUGCUUGGCGGGGAGGAUCUUGCCGAGAAAGUGAACUCCUUCUUUGACGUCGCGUUGCCCGUGGCAGGCGUCAUCACCACGCCAUUUAUUGGGAUUCUGCUUAACGAGGUGCCUGUAUGGGGGACGCUGAGCGUGUUGACUGUGCUUAUUGUGGUGUUGGGCGGGCUCAAUGUCAUCCCGGCCCUAUGGGCGGGAUACGCCACCGUUGUUGCGUUUGUGAUAUUCCGCCCGCUAUAUUACUCGGCUGUCUCCGACUACGCAACAAAAGUCUUCGGUUUCUCAACCUUCGGUCGUAUAUACGGCAGCAUCACUGCCAUCUCAGGCGUGGGACAAUUCAUUCAACCGGCACUGGACGCACUCACCCACGGGCCCCUGCACGAUAAUCCUGUGCCUAUCAACCUCGUCUUCGCGAUGGCCGGGAGCGUGAUCAGCGCGGCCCUGACUUUCUUCGUGUACGUCAAGACGAGAGAAAGUGGCGGUGGGAAGAGUUUGAGGUUUGGAGAAGACCUGGCGGAUGAGGAGCGUCGGGCUUUGUUGCACGAUGGGGGUCGGAUAGAGGCAUAUGGGAGUGCUCUGAGGCAAGAGCCGCGGUAA